UCUCAUGGGUGGGGAGGACAGAUAGCACAUCGGGGGCCGUUCUCCUGGCCACCUCUGCAGACCCUUUCUGCACCUCCUCUUCAGCUGUCCUCCUUGUUUGGGCGGCCCCGUGCUUUAGGAAUAUCUUUUUCUUCCUUCACCUAGCCUCCUCCUCCUCCUCAGCUCCUCUUCCAGACUGUUUUGGCAUUAGGCACGGGGAGCUUCCAAUCCGUCUCUCCACUGAGGGGACAGGAGAAGGGAGGAGGAGGUCAUGUGUUGGUGGCUGGACUUUACCAUGGGGAACUGGCAGGCUGGACAGCUUGGGCGAUCCUCUAGACACAGGGCUGCAACAGGGUUGGAAGGCCAAGCAGUCGUGUUUGGGUGGUACAAGUGUGCAUAAGUGUGCGUGUGGGUGUGGUGUCUUGAGUUCCCUGCUUAUCAUACCGCUCCUGGGUGUGCAAGGGGGCUGUUGUGUGUGGCAUUCCUGUGUGCCCGGAGCAUCGAUUUCUUCGUGAUUCACUUCAUUUAUUCUGCAGAAUGGCACUAAUCUUAUAUGUCCCUCGGCCUCUUUAUCCUGCCCUGACUUUCUACGUGGCGCAUGCAUUAUGCCUUUGAGUUAGUACAUGCUUGCCUGGGUGAGCUGGAUGCUAUGCAGGCACAGUAUCAGGUGGUUUGCACUUGGGGACUCAUUUCGUAGAAGGUAUGCAUCUCUGCCCAGACUUAGCAUGCCUCAGCAGUGUGCUGGGAAUUGUAAGGUGAUACCGGUGCGGCUCAGCCCAACGCUGGGAUAUGGCAAGGAUCAGUACUUCAUGACUGCUUUUCUUGUGGCUCUCAAGCUUUGACCAAGUGUGUGUCGAGCUCCCGGGUGACUGACGGUGUGAGUAUGGCUUAGCGUGCAUCCCUCCGACGUGAGUCAGUGCGGGGGGCAUCGCCAAGCCCCUCAGCAACCACUGGUUAGUGGACCGUUCUAUGCUGAUAUUGGUGUUGAAAAUAUAUGAGGGCUAGGCAGCUUCAAGCCUGCUUUUCUGGAGCCGAGAGUUCAGUGGAAAGGGUAAUCCUGUGAUGGUCAGAGGUGGGGUGGGGGUGGAGCAGGGAUGAUGGAGUCCACAAGUUAUCCAGUUCUGCUGUCAUGGUAACGGAGAGGGCUUCCUGGAGGAGUUGUCUGAGCUGGGAUGUAAAGAAUGAUGGGACUAACAGGUAUUCACUCACCAAGGUGACUGCGCGGAUGCACACAUGUAUGUAUGUAUGUACACAUGUAUGUAUGCAUAUAUGUAUGUGUGUGCACAUGUAUGUACACAUGUAUGUGAAUGUAUGCGUGUACACAUGUAUGUAUGCAUAUAUGUAUGUGUACACAUGUAUGCACGUGUGUAUACACAUGUAUGUGUGUGUGUGUAUGUCCAGUGUACAUAUGUGGUCCACACCGUCUGCACGCGUUCUGCGGCUUCACUCCCGACUCAUCUCAAGUGAGAACUUGCAGGCACUGGACGAGACAUUAGUCCCUUUACUGGGGAUUUCUCCAGGGUGAAAAAUAAAAAGUCCUACCCAGGAGGACUGUUAUGGGUUUUCACCGUGUAGCUUUGGCAAGAAUCAAUACAUCGUCAGGAUGUGAUUAAUACAUCGUGUGGCCUUGGGCAGAUCACUCACCGCCUGGUCUCAGGCAAUCCACCCAUAGGGUCUGUGUGGUUCUCACAAUGAACUGACUCUGGACAUGAGUGUAUGCAUAUCAGAUUGCCUGUGCCUUUGAACAGGCGAGCGUGUGUGUGUGUCUGUGAGCCACUCUGGAUAUGAGUAAGUGUAUGCGUGUGUGCACGUAUCUGGAUGGGUUUUUUCAUACACCAGCCUAUAGCAUCAUCUGAGUGUGUUUCCCUGUUGGUUUUGUGUGCGAGUGUGUGUGCAAGGACAUGCAAAUGUGAGUGUGGGCAAGUCUGUGUGGAGGUCAGAGGUCAACCUCAGGAUGUCAGGCCUUGCCUUCUGCCUUGACACAGGCUGGUUGGGUUGGUCUGCUCCAUCUCUUGCCAUCUCUCUUGUCUGUACUGGGGUUACAGGCGCACAUCCCUGCAGCCACGUUUGAUAAUGGGGAUCUAGGGACUUGAACUCAGACUCUGGUGUUUGGCCAUUUCCCCAGCCCCUCCAUCUAUGAGCUUAAGGAAGCACUGCUUAGGGGAUAGGGUGGACGUUUGAAUGUCAGGUGGAAAAAUCAGGGUGUUAUAGACAGGACCAAACCUUGCAACCUAGGACGUAUGUAUGGCGUCCAGGGCAGUGGCAGGUGGAAGCUUGCCUUGGAUGGCACUGACCCUAGCCUACCCUUCAUGCAUUCAUUCAUUCCUAGACUGUGAAGGAUGAUGCCCUGGGCGUACACUUACACCUCUUUGGGAUCUGCACACACCAAUGGGGGUAGUUUGGUGCUGCUGGCUGUAGCUGCUGUGUGCCGCCGCUCUUGCUGUGUCUCCAUCCCCUCUCCAUCCGUCCGUCCUGACAGCACAGCACUGUUGGUCCCUCAGGUCACCUGGGACAGCUAUAGGGUUGGGAGGUAUGAGGUGGCACUCCUCAAGAGACAAGGGGCUGGGCCAACUGGGUCCACAGAGGUUCCCGGUAGCACCCAACCCUGCCCGUGGGGGCUCCCAGGCUGUAAGCUCAAUGACGGCUGUGGAGGCAGAGGACCCAGGGGACAGGCCAAGUGGGGCCAGGAGGGUGAGGGGCAGUCCUCCGGCUCUCUAUAUUUAGCCCCGUUUUCGGUAAGUACUAACGAGAAGCUAGACUAAGCCUGCUAAAAACUGGCUGGGGGAAAUGCAGAGGAGAAGUGAAAGUCAGGGAGGGAGGGCCGGGGAGGGUAGAAGGGACUGAGGGUCCCCGGCCUGGCCCAUUUGGGGCAAGUGAGGGUGAACUCAGAGUUUGGGCAGGCUGGGUUGGAUCUGGUCUGAGUGCGGUGGGAUUUAAGGGUCACGGCAGCUCUGAGAGAAGCUGGUACUUUUCCUUGCAAAAAGUCACCCAUGACCCUGGGGUGACAGGGAGGGGCCACCAUAAAUAGCUACCCAACCUUUCCAUAUGAUAGAGGCUUCAGGAGGUACCAGGGGUUUAGAGCACCUUAAAAUUGCCCGGAGGGACUUCUAAAAGUCUGAGUGCCCAGGGAAGGGAAUGUGGUUCAGUGGUCAAGCCCUUGCUGAGCUUGCACAAAGCCCCAAGCUAUGACUUGAGCUGUCUCUGCCCUGAACUAAAGCUGGGGCAGAGCCUUCAAUGGCUGAUGCCCUUCAGCCUUGACAGGGCAUCAUUUGGCUUACCGUGAAGAUGGAGCUCUAACCAUGUGUUACUUCCUGCUUGUUUACUAGUGCUCAGCAGGCUAACACAAGAGGACUAUCAAAUUUGAGGCCAGCCUGGUCUACAUAGUGAGUUCCAGGACAGACAUGGCUACCUAGAAAAAUCCUGUCUCAACACCUCCUCCCAUCCUCCCCCACCAAAAACAAGACAAGCAAACAUACAACAACACACAGUGCAAAAAAGACAGACAGGACUAGCAGCCCAGGCCAUAAUCCUAGCUACCCGGGAGGUGAGACCAAGAGGAUCACAGGUUCAAGGCCAACCUGGACAAAUUAUCAAAACCCUAUCUGGAAAGGAAAAGUGAAAGCCAGGGCUGGGAGUGUAGCUUGACAGGGUUCUUGCCUAGCAUGGGUUUGAACCCCAACACCACAUAAAACACAGCAUUGGUGCAUGCAGCCGAUCCCAGUACUCAAAGGAGAGGCAGGGGACCCCAAGAGUCCAGGGUCACCCCUUGAACCUAGUGUGUUGUGAGGUCAGCCUUUGCUGCAUGAGAUCCUGUCCCCAAAAGGGGGAGAGUGGUAAAUUGCUUGUCCCGAGUGGUUGGAGACUCCAGCUGAUCAAUGGUCAGUGAAGGAACCCUAUUUACCCUCCAUGGGAUUACCUGCACCCUUUCCUUGUCAGGUGUGGGGUGCUGCUGGGUCAUGGGGUGAAACUUCAGAAAGAGUAAAGCAAGCAGAAUGGUGGCCUUUUCCUUCAGAUUACUUUCUGUCCUUAGCUAUCGUUCCCUCAAAAGGCAGAGUCAGGAUCGCUUCCUGAGCAGACAGGGUUUGAGGGGGACUGCAGUGCGGAAGCCGCGGUAGGAGAGAGACAUUAACUGCCUGAUGGUAGCUGACUUUCACCACAGGGAGGGCUUGCAGAAGAGCAGACACUGAGCUCCUCAAAGAGAAGCUGGAGUUGCUGGGGGAGGAAGGAAAGGUUUGCAUAGGGAGGAGCAGAGGGAAAGACCUGGAGGGAGUUCAUGGCCUGGGGUUACCAUCAGCUAUGACAACCUCAAGAUCAAACCAGACUUGCUUUCAAGGAGUUUCUAGGAUGAUGUGAGAGACCUGUGGGGCCCAGAAGGCCACAGCCUCUGGAUGGUGAUGGGAGAUGAAGGGGCAGAGGGACCUGGGGCACAGAUAAUAGGAAGACUCCUGUCUCUGAGCCAGGCCAUCAGGAUGCUGUCCUAGAGGCCAGCCUGUGCUGGAUCCUGCAGCAUGAAUGGGUAGAACGGGUGCUCAGAGUGAGUGACAAGGUUCCAGGCAGAGGUACCAGUAUGAGAUCAUCAGGGCCUCAGGGGAGAGCUGUGGGGAGGCAGCAAGGGACAGAGAUCAGGAAGAAAUAGUCUAUAGGGGAAAGACCCCAGCAGAUAGCUAAGACCUACUCUGAGCUGGUAACGAGGCAGAGGCAGGGCAGGUCCUCACCUGUGAAAGAGGGACCUAAACAAAACACCUCAGUCCCAGGACUCAAGGAGGUACAGCCAGAGGGCAGGAACCACGGGAGGUUUGGGCUGAUAUAAGUGUCACCGAGCAGGUGGCUGGUGUGUUCUGUAAUUCUGGAGACUAGUGAGUGAUUCAAGAUGGAGUUUUGGCAGGGCCGGGCCCAUUCAAGGCCUGUGUCUGUCAGUGACUCUAUUCUCCUUAUGGCUCUGCAUGGUCGUGUGUGUGUGUGUGUGUGUGUGUGUGUGUGUGUGUGUGUGCGUGCGUGUGUGUGUGUGUGUGUGUGUGUCUGUCUGUCUCUCCAUGUGUGUCUGUGCAUCUGUCUCUCUGUGUGUCUGUCUGUCUCUCUGUGUGUUUCUGUGUGUGUGUGUGUGUGUGUGUUUGUGUGUGUGUGUCUGUCUGUCUGUCUCUCCAUGUGUGUCUGUGUGUCUCUGUGUCUGUGCAUCUGUCUCUGUGUGUGUCUGUCUGUCUCUCUGUGUGUUUCUGUGUGUGUGUCUGUGUGUGUGUCUGUGUGUCUGUGUGUCUGUGUCUUCCCAAUCUCCCCUCCUUCUCUGCCAUCCCCUCUCCUUCCUCUUCAACUCUCAGCAAUCCUCCUGCCUUAGCUUUUCUUGGCAUCAGCAUUGCAGGCGAAAUUCUUUCUCUUAUAAUGGCUUUGCUUUAUCUUAUGUAUUUCAUCAGUGACCCCUACUUUUCAAAUCAGGGGUGGCACAUACCUGUAAUCCCAGUCUAGGGGAAGAUCAGGCAGGAGGAUCAUGACUUUGAAGCCAUUUGGGGCUACUGUCUUUUUAUAAAAAUUUUUAAUCCAGUUGGAGAUGUAGCUCAGUGGGUAGAGAGAGCACUUGCCUAGCAUGUGUGAAGCCCUGGGUUGAAUCCUCAGCCCCUCCUAACUUGUGUUGCUGCAAGGAAUCCUGGCACUCGGGCAAUGGUAGAAGCAGGAGGAAUCAGAAGUUAAAAAGCACCCUGGGCUACAGAGCUAGGCUGAGCUACAUGGCAUCCUGACCCAAAAAGGCAAGCAAACAACCCCUCAUCCCCAAAAGAAUAAAACAGAAAAAGAAAUAAAUAAGACCAGCAAGCUGCCUCACAGCCAAGCCCAAAGACUUGAGUUCAAUCCCUGGGACUCACAUGUCGGACGGAGAGAACCCAACAGGUUGCCCUCUGACCUCCACUCACCACACAUGUGAAUAAUUAAAUAUUAUGAAAUGGAAAACAGUUUUGAAAAAGAUUCUGUCUCCAAAUACAGUUACCUUCAGAGUAGACCAGACAUGUGGCUUUUGGUGUGUGUGGGGGUGGGGUGGGGGGCAAACUUACCUCACAGCAGAAGGCAGGGGCAUGCGUGUGGAACUUCUGGGGUGGCAAGGUCAGAGGCUGCCCCAUCUGUGGGCGACAGAGGCGCUUGGCAGGUGGGAGUCACAGAACGUGCCAGCUGUGGCCCCGUCAGGUGGAUUUCCCCAAGCACAGAGAGGUGUUCUCCGUGUUGAAGAACAGUGAGCAGGGGCUGGACACAUGCAUGGUGCCAAGGGUGGUGGCCAGGCUAGGGGACAUGGGUGUGUUCUGAAGUGACGGAGCGAGGUGGAAGGUUGCUGAGUCGGGCAUACGCACUGGCGAUUGGGAGCGCUGUGUUUCAGGGAUGCUACCAGGGUGGGAUUCUGGGGCUGGGAGGGUGAGGAACUGCCUGGGUGGCUGAGAUAUGACUAGCAUUGGUCCGUGCCUGGCCCCUGCUUCUUUCUGCGUCUCUCACUGGCAGCCGAGCACUGGACCUGAGCUGGAGAACUCGUUCCUGAGGGGUGACGCCGAAGUUUACCUCUGACCUCCAUACACAUAGGCACUUAUGUAUAUAUGCAAGUCAUCCAUGCACUGCCACGCCACACACACACAUGCACACAUGCACAGGCACACACAUGUACACACAUGCACACGCACACACAUGCACACGCACACACAUGCACACGCACACACAUGCACAAACACGCACACACAUGUACACACAUGCGCACACACCACACACACAAUACACACACACAUACCACACACACAUGUACACACAUGCACACGCACGCACACACAUACCAUAUACACACACACCACACACGCACACUCACACAUGUACACAUAUGCACACGCACGCACACACACACAUAUACCGUACACACACACACGCACACACACACUAUGCAUGUCUGGGAAGGUCCUGAGCAUCUACAUCUGUCUCCAGUCCUCCCGACCCUCCUCAGUCCUCCCCACCUUCCCCUUCCCUCCUCAGCCCUCCCCUGCCUUCCCCUGCCCUCCCGAGUCUAUGCUGCUAUGGAAACAUGUAGUGGCUUGUUUUUCCACUUCUAUUUAUGUGUCUGUGUGUGUCUGUGUGUCUGUGCACGUGUGCGUGCACAUAUGCCAUCCAUGCAUGUGGAGAGGUCAAAGGAUAACUUGUGGUACUCAGUUCUCUUCUCCCACCAUGUGGGUUCUUGGUUUCUUGAGACAGGUUCUCUCACUGAGCCCUGGGGCUUAUGGAUUAGGCUGGUCUAACUGGCUAGAACUAGGGUUUUUUGGUUUUUUUUUUUCUCUCUCUCUCUCCCUCCAUGAGGUGCUAGAAUUAAAACCGCACACCUGGCUUUCCGCAUGGGUGCUGAUGCCUGCAUAGGGAGCAUUUUACUGACAUAGUCUCCCCAGUCUUGUUUGUUUGUUUGUUUAUUUUUGGAAGUGAUAUUGAUUACAUCAAGGGCCGUGCACACAAAAGGCAAGUACCAUAUAUACCAUUGAGAGAUAAGCCCAGGAUAGUCCCACAGAGAUAAUAGCCCAGGCUAUCCUUUCUGGGUUUAAUUGAGAUAUAGUGUACAAACCAAGUAUUGUGUGGUUCACCCUUGCACUCCCAGCACUCCAGAGGCUGAGGCAGGAAGAUUGCUAUGAGCUUGAGGCCAGCCUGGGCUAGAGUGAGAAGCUGCUUCAAAAAACAAGCAAACAAACAAACAAAAGAGGGACUAGGGAUGUUGCCCGGUUGGCCGGCAGAGAGCUUGCCUAACAUACAGAGUCUUUGGCUCCAUUCUCAGCACCAUAUAAACUAGGUGUGGUGGUGCACACCGCAGCUCCAUUGCUCCAGGGGUGGAAGGACAGAAGUUCACGGUCAUCUUCAGCUACAUAGAGACCCUCAAGGCCAAUCUGGGCAACAUGGGACCUGUGUCAAAAAAACAAAAAACAAAACAAAACAAAACAAAACAAAACAAAACAAAAAACAAAAACAGAAACAGAAACGGGCGGUAGCAGCUUUACUCCGGAGACAGAGGCAGACAGAUCUCUCUGAGCUCGAGGCCGGCCUGGUUUACAGUGAGUUCCAGAAUAGCCGGGUCUUGAAAACAAAGCAAGACAAACCAACAGAAGAACACUUGGAUUUCAAGCAUACAGCUGGAAAUAAGAAUGUCUAAGCCCCUGGAGGCCGAGAAGCAAAGUCUGGACUCCCCGUCAGAGCACACAGACACUGAAAGAAAUGGACCCGACAUUAACCAUCAGAACCCCCAGAACAAAGCGUCCCCAUUCUCUGUGUCCCCAACUGGCCCCAGCACCAAGGUGGGCAUUCUCUCUGGCCUCCACUUAACAUUCUGGGGUCCCGGACCCUGCCUCUCUCCUCCCCAGAUCAAGGCUGAAGACCCCAGUGGUGAUUCAGCCCCAGCAGCACCCCCGCCCCCCCAGCCGGCUCAGCCUCAUCUGCCCCAGGCCCAACUCAUGUUGACGGGCAGCCAGCUAGCUGGGCUCUCAGCGCUGAUACCUGCCCAGCAGCAGCUUCUCCUUCAGCAAGCUCAGGCCCAGCUGCUGGCCGCCGCGGUCCAGCAGUCCAACGCCGCUGCCGCCAACGCUGCUGCCGCUGCCGCUGCCGCCUCCACCUCCUCCUCCACCUCUUCUGCCUCCUCCUCCACCUCGCAGACCCCAGCCUCUUCUGGGGGAGGCGACCUGCCGCCAUCACAGCCUACCAGCCAGCCCCCAGGGACCCCACAGCUCACCUUGUCCCAACCCAUCCAGCUCACAGCACAGGACAUACAGCAACUCCUCCAGCUCCAACAGCUGGUGCUUGUCCCCGGCCACCACCUCCAGCCACCUGCUCAGUUCCUGCUGCCACAAGCGCAGCAGAGUCAGCCAGGGCUGCUACCAACGCCAAAUCUAUUCCAGCUACCUCAGCAAACCCAGGGAGCUCUCCUGACCUCCCAGCCCCGGGCUGGGCUUCCUACACAGCUCCAUCCGGGUCCUCGAUCCUGCAUCCCAUCCACCUGCCCACCUUACCAGGCUAUGACUCGCCCCACGCUGCCCGACCCGCACCUCUCACACCCGCAGCCCUCGAAAUGCUUGGAGCCACCAUCCCACCCGGAGGAGCCCAGUGAUCUGGAGGAGCUGGAACAGUUCGCUCGCACCUUCAAGCAACGCCGCAUCAAGCUGGGCUUCACACAGGGUGAUGUGGGCCUGGCCAUGGGCAAGCUCUAUGGCAACGACUUCAGCCAAACGACCAUUUCCCGCUUCGAGGCCCUUAACCUGAGCUUCAAGAACAUGUGUAAACUCAAGCCCCUCCUGGAGAAGUGGCUCAACGACGCAGAGACUAUGUCUGUGGAUUCAAGCCUACCCAGCCCAAACCAGCUGAGCAGCCCCAGCCUGGGUUUCGACGGGCUGCCGGGGCGGAGACGCAAGAAGAGGACCAGCAUCGAGACGAAUGUCCGCUUCGCCUUAGAGAAGAGUUUCCUAGCGAACCAGAAGCCUACCUCAGAGGAGAUCCUGCUGAUUGCAGAGCAGCUGCACAUGGAAAAGGAAGUGAUCCGCGUCUGGUUCUGCAACCGGCGCCAGAAGGAGAAACGCAUCAACCCUUGCAGUGCGGCCCCCAUGCUGCCCAGCCCGGGAAAGCCGACCAGUUACAGCCCGCACCUGGUCACACCCCAAGGGGGCGCAGGAACCUUACCAUUGUCCCAAGCUUCUAGCAGUCUGAGCACAACAGUUACUACCUUAUCCUCAGCUGUGGGGACACUCCAUCCCAGCCGGACAGCAGGAGGGGGUGGCGGUGGGGGCGGAGCCGCGCCCCCCCUCAAUUCCAUCCCCUCUGUCACUCCCCCACCCCCGGCCACCACCAACAGCACAAACCCGAGCCCUCAAGGCAGCCACUCGGCUAUCGGCUUGACGGGCCUGAACCCCAGCGCAGGAAGCACAAUGGUGGGGUUGAGCUCGGGGCUGAGCCCAGCCCUCAUGGGCAACAACCCUUUGGCCACUAUCCAAGGUGCGUGCUGCCUCAUGUCACCCCAUUGCCACCAGUCCUGCCCUCUCCUGGGCCUCGAGGCCCCCUCCCCAUUGCUGCCCCAGCCAUGCCAUCCUGCCCUCCCGCUCACUGCAUUGCUCGCCUGUUCAUCACCAUCUGUCUUCGGGGAAGGUGUGAGGGUGCUGCUUCUUGGGAGUCAGUGGGACAGACAGGAGAUGGGCUGUUCAGGCAGGGUCCACAGAGGCCAAGGUCUCCCUGGCCUGAUGUACCUCCAGCUCAGCCUCUCUUUCUCCUCACCAGCCCUGGCCUCUGGUGGAACCCUGCCCCUUACCAGCCUUGAUAGCAGCGGGAACCUGGUGCUGGGGGCAGCCGGUGCGGCCCCAGGGAGCCCCAGCCUAGUAACCUCGCCUCUCUUCUUGAACCACACCGGGCUGCCCCUGCUCAGUGCCCCACCAGGCGUGGGUCUGGUCUCAGCAGCGGCUGCAGCUGUGGCAGCGACCAUCUCCAGCAAGUCUCCUGGCCUCUCCUCCUCGUCUUCAUCCUCCUCCUCCUCCUCCACUUGCAGUGAAGUGGCAGCGCAGACCUCUGGAGGCCCGGGGGGACCCGAGGCAGGGUCCAAGGCCGAGUGAGAGCCCACCAUGCCUCCCCUCCUACUCCUCUGAGUCCCCUGACCUUGGUCCCCUGCCCAAGAGAGGGUGAGGAGGCUGGUGGGGGAUACAGUGGAUCCUCGGAGCAGGAGUGACGAAGGAGGAAAAGACCAAAAAUCCAACCAAAAACAAAAACAAACAAACAAACAAACAAAAGGAAACCAACCAACAAAAAAGAAAACCAAAAAAUGUUCACAACAGAAACCAGCUGCCCUAAAGGAACCAGAGAAGAAAAACAAAGAAAUGAACAAAAAAACACCUCCAAACUAACCAAACACCCCUACCCCCAAACCAAACAAACCAAAAACCAGUCUUGAGCCAGAUCUUGGAGUGCUCACUGCUAUGACACCAAAUAAGAACCCUCAGCCAGGAGCGGAGCGGCCUCCAGCAGGCCGGACCUCAUGCCGCAGAGCCCUGGCUGUGGGACCAACUCCUAACCUUACCCCACUGGGGGUGGGCAGAGAAGGAACCAGAGAAUGUGCCAGCGUGCUGGCCCAGCCCCAGCCCUGGGCCAAUAGAGACAGGCACUGCCUGGGGCAGGAGGCCCAGGGCCCAGAGCCACCUACCAAAUGGUCUUUUCCAGAAGGUAAAAGAGAAAGGACCCGAACAACCUUACACCAAAUACUCAGUAGCUUCAUCCAAAGGAUGUACAGAGUUUUUAGCGUUGCGCUCAACAGAAUGUGUGUCUAUUCUACGUGUUCCCUCUCCCCAGCCCCCCAGCUCUCCCCAACAGGGCAGGGGUCUUGCUUUAAACCCCCCUCCCAGCACCCCCAGCCUGGGGAGAGUUCAGAGGAAGGCCUAGGAAUGGACAUUUUUGUCCUCUGCUCCUUCCUUUCUCCCUUUGAAGGGUGGGCUAGGCCAUUUUUUUUUGCCGAGUUCCAGCUCUCAAAAGCCCCCUCCUCAGCCCCUGUCACCUUUCUGCUCUGGAGUCUACCUCCUCCCCAGCCUGUGGGAAGGUUGUGGGCUCGAGCAAAGGGGGAUGAGGUGAGGGCAUCCAAGUUGUCUUUCUUCCCAUCCUGUCUGUCAGUUUCCCUGAAAAAAAAAAAUCAUAUUCCAGUGCCUACCCGUGGGAUCUUCACGUUCUUUCACAUUAACCAGAAACCAAAAAGAUUAACUCUCCUUAUUCUGCCCACCCUAUGCCCCUUACGACACUGGCAGAUACCUCUCCCUUCCCCUUCCCUCCCCACCCUCCAAUGCACACUCGCACACAGCCCAGUGGUGGACUCCUCCGGAUGGCAUCUCCAUCAGGGACUGCGUGGUGGUGACAUCACCAUGACCUGUGGUUCCCCAUGCAAGCGGCCACCACUCCCACGAGACCUCCAGGAGUCUUGGCUGGACCUUAUAUUUGCCUAGCUCUGGACGUAUCUCAGCAGUGGACAGAGGAGCCGCUGCCAGGAGCCGCCAUGCUCUCCUUCCAUCAUGGAGGCCAACAAAGUUUUGAACCAAAAAAACCCAAACCAAACAAACAAACAAAAACACACAAAAACCCAACAAAAACAGAAAACCAAACAAACAAUAAAAUUAAAACUAGAAAAAAGAAUUUAUAGAUAUAUAUAUAGAUAUAUAUAUAUAUAUAUGGGAAAGAAGAUGAGGACUCUUCAAGACAAGAAUGAGCCCUGCAGAGUGAUCCAGGCCUUUGGUUGCCUAGGUGGAUGGAAUGAUGGACGCUUCUUUCUCUUCACAAAUACCUCAUGGACGUCGUUGUCUUCAGAAAGCUGGAGUGGGGUGCGGCUGGGGCGGGGCCUGUCCCUCAGCCAGGGUGGAUGGAAGCGGGUGGGUGGGGCUGAGAGAGGAUGUCAGGGACAUGGGUGAAGAGCCCCAAGCUCCCUCCCCGCCAAUCAACUGAAAAAGCUUUAAAAGAAAAAAAAAAAAAAAGGAGAAGCAAAAAGAAUGGACGAAGGAAAACCAACUGUUGGGUGGUUUGAUUCCCUGAUUUUUUAUUUGUUUCUCUCCUCUCCUCUCUUCCUUUGUUCUUCUGUCAUAUCUCUUGACCUCCUUUCUGAUCUCUCCUCCAAACCAAAGUGUUGCUGUGAAGGACGCGAGCCAUUGAAAUCAGAGUGGCCCCUGCCCCUGGCUGGGCAGGGGCAGAGGAAGGGGAGAGCUGGGUCCCCCUUUUCAUCCUGGACACUCCGAGGAGAGGCAGCCAGAGCCCCCAGGCCUCAGCGUUCUCUUUUCUUCUGGUCUCCCUUCUCUCACCCAGAACAAAACUGUCAGGCUGGGUUACAGAGGCAGCAGAAACUAAUUCUCAGCCAAUGCGGGGCCUUGGGUGCCAUGCCCAGCCCUUGGUGGAGUGGCUGCACCUCCUACCCAGGCACCGGGCACCUCAUCCACCCAUCCUCGCUGGAAUGUAAGCAUCUUCACCGAACCGCACCCCCCACCUCGCCCUCUCCCUACCUCUGAAGUUGUCCAUUUUAAUUUCUUGGAAAGCGGCUAGCGAGAGGGCCUGGACCCAACCCAAGGGUGCAGAGGGGCCCAAGGGCUCCUGACCUGAUAGGAAGACAUUUGAACACAGCAGAAUGAAGGAACUAAAACCAGAACAACAAACAACCCUCGGAGAAGACAGGCAGCCUGGAAGGCGUGGCAGAGAUGACUCGGACAUAAACUAUGAUUCUAGACCAAAAACAAAGAAAAAAAGAAAAAAAAAAGGGGGAAAAAAGUUAAGAAAAUCCGGGACUCACCACCACCCAAUUCAUCCUGCUUCUUCCUGAUCAAGUCCCCACCAUAGUGUAGGGGAGUGGGGCAAAGAGAGGAGGAAGCAGGGGCAGGGAUGGGGCAGAUGCCCUGACAUUGGUGGAGGGGCCCCCAUGCAGCGGGGGUGGGGUGGGGACCCUCCCCAUCCAACCUCCACACUGGGAAAUGAAAAACAAAAAAAUUCCUGGGAGGUGGGGGGUGGAGGAAAUAACCAAAUUCCAAGCUUUAACUACAGCUGUGAAACCAAAUAUCGGGAAGGGGGUGGGAGGGUGGGAGGGAGGGGCAGGUGAGCCCCAUGUCUCCCCCCACCCCGGGCCCCUCUCCUUCGAGGACUCGAGAUAAGGCACCAAAUACCUCAUAGAACUUUAAUGUUAAAAAAAAAAAAAAAAGAAAAGAAACCAAAUAUCGUUGGCUGGGGGCCAGCCAGGGCUGGGGGCUAGGGGCUGGGGGGAGCCAGGUUUGGCUAAGUGAUGGGGGACUGCCAGUCCCUCCCACACCCAGCUGCCCCUUUCACUUCAGUCACCCCAGUCUCCGACUCCAGGAAACAAAACUAUCUCAUCGUUUUUAUUUUGUGGUCUGUACAGAGCCUGUGUCCGUGUGUCUGUGUGUGAGCGAGAGAUGGAAGGCUAGGGAGCUUUACGUAGAGUGGGGAGGGAGACCCUGGGCCAGCUUGGAUGACAGGUAGUGGACCAGGGGCCUGGGCCAGAGGGAGAGGUGAGUGGACCAGGGAAGAGAAAGCUUUGAAUUUUUCCUCUCCCAGUCCUGACCCCUGCUUAAGGGAGGAAGAGAGAGAGGCUGGUCUGCCCUUGAUGGUGGGCCUUUUGUGCCAAAAAUAAAUAAAUAAUGCCAGCAACCAAACCACGUCUCUGUUCUUCUGGGGGUCAGGGUAGGGACUAGAAGCAGGAGGAAAGGGUUGGGGGUGUGAAUAGGGGAGGGUGAGGUAUGGGGUCUCCAAGCCCCUCCCCCUGGGGUGCUCCAGCCUGGGACUAGUCAAGUCGGGGGCAACCUGUUAACCUGGCUUAGCUUCUCUCAUCCAGUUCGUUCCCAGGGUGCCCCUCUCUCCCUCUCACCCCGAGUAAGAACUGAGUGAGGCAAAUGUGCAAGAUUGAGACACGCGGGCCCCACCAGUCUCUGAGUGGGAAAGGCAAGUGCGAGAGAUAAAGGCCUCCAAGAGAAAAAGAAACAAACCAAAGAUUUAACCAUUUAAAAAAUAAAAAAAAUAUUAAAAAAAAAAAAAACCACAGACAACUCCGCUACCUUUUUAUACGUUGGGAAAAAAAAAAAGAAAAAAAAGUUAGAAUAAAAACUUAAAAAAAAAAGAACCAAAAAACAAACAAAAGAAAAAAACAAAAAAAAAAUAAGAAAACAAAAAACAAAAAAAGGAAACAGAAACAAAAAACCCAAAAAACUUCAAACCGCGGUUCUUUUGUGCGGUUUAAACUUUGACCUCAGCAGUCUCCAAAGCAAGACGAUGAUGACAAAGGCGAAAAAGAAAAAAAUAAUGUAUAUUUUUAAGUAUUUGUCUUUGGUGUUAGCUCCUUCCUAAAAAACACAAGGAGCAAAGGAAAAAAAAUCCAGAAGUGUUGCUGGGAUGGAGACAAUUACUUACUUUGUCUGUGAACCCCCCAUUCCUCUGCCCCCCUUCUCUAGCCCUGCUGCCCUUCCCCCAACCUGUCCUCCAAGGCUAGGGGCUCAAUAUUUAUUUAUUUAUGUAAUUGCAGGGUGAUAGUGGCUUCUCCUGAACAGAGGUCCUUUGGAUCAUAGCCGGGCAGGGGAGGGGGGCAGGCAUUUUUGGGGGUCUGGUCUUUUGAUCAGCUACCCUGGCUCCUGGUAUUAGCCCACCACAGCCACAAUCACCUCCCAAGGCCAAGGCCCUAGGGCAGAGUGAGCAGCUACCUUGUAAAGAUCUGAUGGCUCCACCCUUUGGUGAGGCUGUCCUCCACCAACUCACUUGAAUGCCCAGGUGGAGACAGGAAUGGGGAGCCAUGGUAAGUAGUGGGUCAGGGUGGGGGCCCUGGAGUGACCUGCCUUCCCUCCAGGCCCAUCGAGGUAGCUCCUCUUUUGGUUGUCAGACCCCUGUGUUGGCAGCCCCUCCUCUCCCCUCCCAGAUCCCUUCCCUGUCUCUUCUUGUGGUAGCGGGUUAGUGUUUCCGUGUUUUUAACUUCAAUCUGCUUGUUCAUUGUACAAUGUGCUUCUUUUAAGGCCCCGUUUUUGUAACUUGUGUCAUUCAUCUGAACCACAAACAUCAAAAAAAUAAAAAACUAAAAACUGUACAGAGAGAAA